AUCGAUUCAACGGAAGGUUGCCUUAACCAGAGGAAAAAAGAAAGGGGGGUUUGUGCCCUGGGAAGAGUCAAAUGACACACUCAUGGCGCCCAGCGAUGGGGCGCCAUGAGUACAAGGAGAGUAAAGUAGGAGAGAGAAAAAAAUAGGGAGAUGGGGCUGGAGGUCAUGUCUGCUACAGCAGUCUCAGUCCUUGCUGCUUCCCCACCAACUAUUCCUGUCACGGAUGGACACGAGAGGCUUGUGAUCUUGUGAUCAGAGCAACUUCACUCUGGUGGAUUCCUGAAACCCCUCCUCUCUCUCUAAGUUUUGCUGUAGAGGCUGUCAGGGAAUUUAAGCAAUGAUUUGUUCUUCCACCAAUGUGGCAUAUAUUCUGUAGUUGAUGGAGAUGUGUGUGCUAAAUGUGGUGGGAUUUGGAGUCCAAGUGCGAGAGAUUUAAGCAGACAGAUUCUGGCUUUUCUGCUGGGAUUGAAAGGGAAAGAUAAAGAGGUAUUGGGUCUUCUGUCCUGCUGUGGCUCUUUGAGUUCCUGAGUGGGAAGCUUGGAAUUGCCCGACUGGAGCUUCGUAGAUCCUAAGGGAAAUCCAGUGAGAUGUUAGCGGUCAGUAGCCUUCGGUGCUGCCAUGUCUUCUUCUCUCUCGUCAUGGCCACCCACCUGCUGCUCACCAGCCGCCCACCAGCCGCAGCUCAGCUGGCUGACCAGGCUACCAUGGCGGCCCUCCAACAGGAGCUCGCCGUGGCGGGAUGGGAUUCCGACAGUUCCGGUUACUGCGCGUGGCGCGGCGUCACCUGCGGCGGCGGCGCGGACCGUCCCGUGGAGGCGCUCGAGUUGCCCCAUCGCAACCUCCAAGGUAACAUCUCCCUCGUCUCCCAGCUCCGUUCUUUGAAGCGCUUAGACCUCUCCGGCAACUCGUUCCGCGGGGCCAUUCCUCCGUCUCUCGGGAGUCUGGAAGCGCUCCAGUUCCUCGAUCUGUCCAUGAACAGGUUCGAGGACAGGAUUCCUUCUUCUCUGGGCGGCCUCAAGGACCUCAGAUCACUGAACCUCUCCAAUAACGUGCUCCUGGAUGAAGUGCCUGAUGAACUAAGGAACCUAGCCAGGUUGCAGGAGCUGCAGAUUUCUGGAAACAAGCUCAGCGGCCGCAUCCCCGGUUGGGUCGGAGACCUCGCUGAUCUGAGAGUCUUCUCCGCGUACGAGAACAUCUUGGUUGGUGUUAUUCCCAGAAAUCUGGGUUCCAUCUCCCAGCUUAAGGUGCUCAACCUGCAUUCCAACCAGCUCGAAGGAGGGAUUCCCGAUAGCAUUUUCCGGUCGGGGAACUUGGAAGUUCUGGUGCUGACCUUGAACAGAUUGAACGGCAGCCUUCCUGCGUCGAUCGGGAACUGCCAAGGCCUCUCCAAUUUUCGGAUUGGGAACAAUGAGCUGGUCGGAAGCAUUCCCUUCUCCAUCGGCAACAUUAGCAGCCUCACGUACUUCGAGGCAGACAACAAUCGCCUGUCGGGCGAGAUUCCGCCGGAGUUUGCACAGUGCUCGAACCUCACCCUCUUGAACUUGGCCUACAAUGGUCUCACGGGGACUGUCCCCGACAACCUCGGGCAGCUCAAGAACCUGCAAGAAUUCAUCGUCUCUGGCAACAGUCUCGGGGGUGAGUUCCCCAAGUCCAUGCUCCGGUGCAGAAAUCUUAGUAAGCUUGAUUUGAGCUACAACCGAUUCAAUGGAAGCUUGCCAGAGGACCUCUGCAACAUGUCGAGGUUGCAGUUCCUGCUUCUGGACCAUAACUCCAUUAGCCGGGAGAUACCUCGAGGGAUCGGCAAUUGUAACAGGCUGCUCGAGCUACAGCUAGGGAGCAACUACCUUUCCGGUGUCAUCCCACCCGAGAUUGGUAAGAUCAAGAACUUGCAGAUUGCUCUCAACCUUAGCUUCAAUCGUCUCUGGGGCCAAGUUCCUCGAGAGUUGGGGAAGCUUGAUAAGCUGGUCGAGUUAGACAUCUCCAACAAUCAACUUUCUGGAUGUAUUCCACUAGAACUCAAAGGCAUGCUGAGUUUGAUUGAGGUUAAUUUCUCAAACAACCAGCUAAGAGGCCAAAUACCGAUUUUUGGACCAUUUCAAAAGAGUCCUCGUUCGAGCUUUCUAGGCAAUGAAGGAUUAUGUGGUGAUCCGCUGAAUUCAGAUUGUGGAACUCUUUUUGGUUCUGACUAUGAUUCGGACCACCACAAGGUCUCAUACAAGAUAAUUCUCGCGGUAGUUGGUUCUGGUUUGACUGUUUUCACUAUGGUAUCUGUUGUUGUUGGCUUCUUCAUGCUAAGAGAGAAACAAGAGAUGGAUGCCAAGGCUGCUAAAGUUGCAGGGGACGUAGUUGUGCCUCGUCCGCAGAUAGCAGCUGGAAAUGUGUUCAUAGAGAACUUGAAACAAGCCAUAGACUUCGAAAGUGUCGUCAAAGCAACGAUGGAGGAUGCAAGUAAGAUAAGCAGUGGAACGUUCAGUACUGUGUAUAAGGCCGUUAUGCCUUCAGGCCUCAUAGUUUCAGUGAGGAGGCUGAAAUCUGUGGACAAAACUGUGACUCACCACCAGAACAAAAUGAUCAGAGAACUCGAGAGGCUUGGAAAUCUUUGCCAUGCCAAUUUGAUGCGGCCGAUUGGCUAUGUGAUCUACGAGGAUGUGGCACUGUUGCUUCAUCAUCACAUGCCUAAUGGAACACUAGCGGAACUUCUUCACGGCACGGUGCAAGCUGAGUAUGAGCCAGACUGGCCAAGAAGGCUGUCUAUAGCUAUUGGAGUUGCCGAAGGAUUAGCUUUUCUUCACCAUAUUGCCAUCAUCCAUUUGGACAUUUCAUCAAGCAACAUAUUCUUGGAUUCCCAUUUUAACCCUCUGAUUGAGGAGAUAGAGAUUUCCAAGCUGUUGGACCCAUCAAAAGGAACUGCUAGUAUCAGUGCAGUGGCAGGAUCCUUCGGUUACAUACCUCCAGAAUAUGCCUACACAAUGCAAGUCACUGUCUCUGGAAAUGUCUAUAGCUUUGGGGUAGUGUUGCUUGAGAUCUUAACAUCCAAACUGCCAGUUGAUGAGGUCUUUGGAGAGGGGAUGGAUCUGGUCAAAUGGGUUCAUAAUGCAUCGGAGAGGGGUGAGACCCCGGAGCAGAUUAUGGAUGCAAGGCUCAGCACAUUCUCGUUCGCUUGGAGGAAGCAAAUGCUUGGUGUUUUGAAGGUUGCCAUGCUCUGCACUGAUAAGACGCCAGCGAAACGGCCAAAGAUGAAGAAAGUAGUCGAGAUGCUCCUCGAAUCAAAAGACAACUAGAAGUGCUGGUGUUUCUGCAGUUCUUCCGCUCCAACUGUGAAGAUCUAAAGCCUAAUCUGGAGAAUGCUCAAGUGAUCCUCAGAUCAACAUAGUGAGAUGCCAUUGGCACUUUGACUGCUUGUCGGAGAGGGAUUAGAGAUCGAGUUACUUGAUUGUAAAUGUGAUUUGACCGUCGAUGGCAUUUAUCGGUGACCUAGUUGUAUUAUCCGGAACACCCUGUGCUAGUGUUUCUGUAUUAAAGAGUCUGUUGCAAGCAUCAAACAUGCCAUUGUCUGUUUUAAUUUUGAGGUGAAACCAAAAACAUGAAUGUCACUGUGAACAGUUUCCUGUCAGUGUGUGUUCAAUUUUCUUUUUUA